AAUACUUCCGCUUUUAUGAAUGACCCAAUUAUAUCUAUUCGUAUAGCUGAUGAUGCAGAACAACUAUUUUCAUGUGCCUUUAGUGGAACAAAGUUGAGAAAUUUAAAAUUGCCCAAUAAAUCAAUUAUAUUAGAAGAUAGCGUGAUUGAAAACAUAACAACACUUGAAAGUGUUAAUUUGGGAUCAACUGUAAUAAUUCCAGUUCGUUGUUUUUAUGGAUGUACAAAUCUCAAAACAAUUACUGGACUUGCUAAUGUAACUAGUUUUGGAUCUUACUCAUUUAGUUACACCAAAAUCACAGAGGUUGAUAUCAGUAAAUCCGCAGUUUAA